AUGGCUUGUGGUUUCUUGAUACGAAUUGUGCAUAACACAAUCCAGCUUUGCCAUCAAACCGUACGAGAAUUCCUCUUGAAGCAGAGUCUCGAUCAAGGGUUGCUAGGCGUCGGCCAGACCGUUGCCCAUGCCUUACUAGCCGAGAUCUGCUUACGAUACUUGCUGCUGGAGGAGAUUGAGACACCUCAAGGAGUGGAAGAGGCAGAUGCUCAAAAGUACCCCCUCCUUGCUUAUGGUCUUGCAUAUUGGCGGCUGCACGUCCGCUCUUCCAACGGAAUUUAA